AUGACAUCACCGUUACAGGAUCGCUGAGGACUUGCAGAAAGCGGAGAAGAUGCUUGAGCAGGAGCGCCACGCGCAUGAGGAAUUGAAGAGGAGUUUUAACCAAGUCCAAGAGAGAAAUGCGAAAAUGGAGCGUGAGCUCGCAGAUGAGGUGAACAAGCUGAAGAGACGCCAUGCCGACGAGCUGAAAAAUUCGGAAAGACUGGUCGAAUUAGAGCGCAGUGCCCAUGAGCACACUAAGAGUCUUAAAACUCAGUCUCGAGAAAUGUUGUUUUUCUACCUUUUUUCUACCUCUUUCUUGACGUGCUUAACUUUUAAGCAGCAGUUUUCUACAUACCGGGAUUCGAUGCAGCAGUCUAUGGGUCAGAAAUUAGCCGAACUUCAAGAGUGAGUUAUUCUAUCCUCUUUCUCAUCUUCGUUGUCUGCCUUCUUUCCUUUGGAAAAGUUUCACUUGUCGUUCGUAAGCAAAGAAAGACGACUCACCACUGAUAUGUCGGAUAAAGAUCAACAAAUCAUACAGCUUCAAGGAGAGAAAGAGCUGCUGUGCUGUCGCCUGUGUGAAAAGGAAAAGCUUCUCGAGCUCAGUAAUAAAAAUCUGGAGAAGAGCGAAAAGGAGCUGGAGGUCUUGCGCGCCGCCAAGGCAGAAGGGGAUCGUGCCAUAAAGGAACUCGCAGGUCAUCAUAACCAGAAGCAGAAGAUCAGUUACUUGGAGAAGGUUCGUCUUGA